ACAAGUGAAUGCACUUACUUUCUGGAUCAUUUGUUGGUUCUCAAGAUGAUAUUUAUGAACACCCUAAGAUACCUCCAGAGUAAUGAAUUUCUCUUGGAUGUGGAUUUGUGGAGACUUUUUGCAAACUUAGAGGAGUUAAACAAGAUAAGUCUCAGUUUUCUGAAAACUUUUUUUCAAACUGUGAAGGAGCAUAUCAGCAAGUCAGAGUCUCCCUUGGAUUUCAGCUCCGUACUCAGAACGUUUUUCCAGGGUGACCUCUGCCAGACACACCAGAUUUAUUGCCUUAAUUAUACUUCCGCUGUCUUCUACUUGGAAAAACUGAGACUGAGAGAAGAUUUUGGCAUCUACCUGAAAUGGUGUGAACAAAAUGAACAGUGCAAGAGGUUGCAUUUGCCAGAGCUGCUGGUCGCUCCUCUGCAUCGACUGACGCGCUAUCCUCUCCUCCUUAACAACAUCUGGAAGAGGAGCACUGAUGAAACAGAGAAAAGCCUUAUCCAGUCACUUAAGGAGAAAGUGGAAAAGUCCAUAUGGGACCUGGAAGGUAAAGUCAAGUGGUUGGACAACUUUCAGAAGUUCAGGCAGCUGCAAGAGGUCAUAAUUUGGCCUCAGGUCUGGGAUCGUGACAAAAGGUUCUUUGUCCCAGAGUGUUUGAAGCAAAGCUUAAGAGAAAACAGCAGUGAAAACAUUUUGUCUUCAGCGAACAGACGUCUCCUUCAUGAAGGGAGGCUGACGUUAGCAGAAAGCACAAGACUCCUUGAUGUCUACCUCUUCCUAUUUGAUGAUUUCCUACUAAUUACCAAAACUAAACGUAACAAAAAGAAAUAUGGGGGCUCAGACACCAGCUUAAUCUCUGUCUGUCCUUCCCUCACUCCUGAGCUGCAGUCCUUCAUAAGAGAGGGUGGAUUUUGCACAGUCCUGGACCAGCCCAUCCCACUAGACAGACUGAUACUGAAAAACAUUGAACCCGUCCAAGUUACAGUCUUCAGCCUGCGAAAUGCUUUCCUAAUACAGCAUGAAAACAGGUAUCGGCAGUGUAUAGCGGUCUUCUUGCUACAAGCUCCAACAGAGACUGCCAAGAAAGCAUGGAAGUCACAGAUAGAAAUGGCAAUUGCUAAUUACACCACAAGACAUGAAACCAAGAAAAGCACUGAGUUCUGCUUCCCAGUUGAAUCCUCUGAAAUUUAAUAAUGCCAGCACUGCACUGACACAGCCAGUGGAAGAUUGCUGUGGUGAUAACACAGUUAUCUCUUCCAGAAUGCCUUAAGUUUCUGAAACUAAUAGAUUUCUGACUUGACUAGACGAAAGUGAGCAGUUCGGACCAUGCCAUGUAGGAAUAAAUUGGAGGGGGAGAAUGAGCCAUGAAACAAAUUUAUGGCUCCUAGAAGCUCUUUUGCUUCAUUUAGGGAAGACUGUGUCCAUCCAGGGAAGCUUUAAUACAGCUCGUAAUUUCCUAGAAAGCGUGACAGGAAAAAAGCCCUGUGUUGGUGAGGAGAAUUCAUUCACCAGAGAAGUCUAGAAGGCUUAUUCCAUCAUUCAAACUGUAUUAAUAAAUUUCAUUAAACUACAAUUGUGUAGCCAUAGCUCC